CAAUUCAUUAAGUUAAAGCUUGCUUUCUUGUCCAACUAUUUCAGUAUGCUAUUUGUGGGGCAUGUCAGAUAGCGUCUCAGUGGGUUGUUUGUGGCUCAGUGGGUGGCUAUCGGCUAAGGCAGCCCAUUCAGGGUCUGGGCCGGGCCUAUAAAAGCCGAGGGCCUUUUUUCAAAGCCACACUUAAAAUGUUGUUAGAGAAAUUUGUGAUUCUUUUACUGCUCCAGGCUGCCGUAAUAGUCGUGGCCGGCGUGUGCCUAAUACCCGAGCCCGUCAAGCGGCAACGUUCGCUAAUGGAUGAGCUGUGGAGCAGGCGUCCGCGGCUCGAUGGCCGCAUUGUGGGCGGUCGACGCAUAAACAUAACGGAUGCGCCCCAUCAAAUCUCGUUGCAAACAUCGGCUCAUAUCUGCGGCGGCUCGUUGAUCUCCGAACAGUGGAUACUAACGGCGGCUCAUUGCACCGAGGGCAAAACUGCGGAUCGGCUGCGCGUUCGAUUGGGCAGCUCGGAAUUCUCGCGGUAUGGGCAGCUGUUGCACGUGCAGAAGAUUGUGCAACACGAAAAGUUCAACUUUACGAAUGUCGACUACGAUUUCUCGUUGCUGCAGCUGCGGGAACCGAUCGAAUUUGAUGAGACCAAAAAGGCCAUCAAGCUGCCGGAGCCGGAUGAAAUGUUUGCGGACGGUGAUCCGUGCUUUGUCAGCGGCUGGGGCAACACACAAAAUCUGCUCGAGCCACGCGAGUGGCUGCGCCAGGUGCAGGUGCCGCUGGUCAAUCAGCAGGUCUGCAGCGACAAGUACAAGCUAUACGGCGGCAUUACGGAGCGCAUGAUCUGUGCAGGCUACAUGGCGGGCGGCAAGGAUGCCUGCCAGGGCGACUCCGGCGGUCCCAUGGUCAACGAGGCGGGUGUCCUUGUGGGCGUCGUAUCCUGGGGCUACGGCUGCGCCAAGCCCGACUACCCCGGUGUCUACUCCAGAGUGGCCCAGGCGCGUAACUGGAUCAAGGAGCACAGCGGCAUCUAGCUAAUGAACUAUCUCAAUAAAUGACCAACAACAACAGCAACCAUUCCAAAUCCUCAUCACUCAUGUGUUCCUUAAAGCAUCAGCACGCGCUCUCGAACCGCCAAACACGCGACCUUAUUGCGAUGUUCACAUUAUGGCCACGCAUGUCAACGGCUUGACAAGGGGUUUCUUUAUUUCUUAUUUGUUUGUUCUUCUGUUUUAUAAGCCACAUAAAUCCCACCCACCCACUCUUCGCGUCCCACGUGCGGCAUUCAUGUGCUGAAGCUUCUAGAAUCUGUUAUGAAGUUUUUGAGUGUGGGGCAUGUCUGGCAGGUCCCUGAAGGGGGAUGUCUAUAGGCCGCCCGGUUUCCUGCUGUUUUGCCUAGCCCUUUCUAUUAGCA